AUGUAAGGCUGAAAUGUGAAGUACUGAGUUUCACAGUCCUUUGAGCUAUAGGUAGGACAGUAUGGCGAGCUCCAGGAUGUCUCUCCUCUCAGCAAAUAACAGCAACCAUGUAUUAAUACAUGCUGGAAGCAUCAUCCUGGCUGUCAUCAGUCAGGUGAUCUCAGACAUCUUCUUUAUUCUGGCAAAGGACAGCAGCGUGCCCAAUGCUUUGUUUCAGACCUCACACCGGAAUAUGUCUGAGAGCUUCCCCCUGGAGGUGACAAUGGACUACUGGUCAGAAUAUUACUGGAUUAUGAUCGACUUGUGGUCUAAGGCUUGGCUUGUGGAUGCGGGGGUCAGCCUUUGUAGAAGAAAUGUGCUCGGCCCCGAGUCCUGCAAUCCAGAAAUCCACCCUCCAGUAUUCUAUCUGAUGUGGAGCACAGUUAAUGUUGCAAGGAUGUGCAGCAUGUCUCUGUGGGACAGACAGUGUAUACUUGGAGCUGCAUUACUCAGAUGGAUUCCAGCAGUUUAUAGCUUCUACAUGCUCCACAUGUCCUACUUUAACCUCAACAAGCACAAAGCCUGGCUCGCUAUCAACAAUCCAAGGGUGAUCCCAUGGACACAAUACCUGACCCAGAACGGGUUGGCGGUGUUUGCUUGGUGGUCUUUCUUGAAUGCUGUAGUGGGUUUUGGAAUUGUGCUCAAAUACAACGCCGGUGUUCCAGACCCACUAAUCAGCACCAUCGUCCUCACCGUUGUCACUGUGUCCAUCAUCAUAUGGUUCAUCCUACAGACCUUCUUGCUAACCAAAUACAUGGGCCACACUAACAGCGUUUAUGCCAUUCUCAUUCUGGGCCUGGGAGCAAUGUUCACCAGAAGCUACCGUCUCCAUGCCCUCACCGUAAACACAGUCUUCUGUGGGUUCCUCAUGCUCCUGGUGACCCUCAUGAGCUUGAUCUAUCUGAUGUCUGCAUGUUUGCACACGGAUAAGUCGAGCAAACCUCUCGACAUGGAGCUCUAUCAGAAAUCUGAUGACUGUGCGACAGUGUGUCAACCAGAAGGAAACAUGAAACUCCAGAAGUGACAUCAACAAUAAAAAAUCAGCUUAAAGAAUGGAAUAUCAUCUGAGCCCAGUGGUGGCAAGGAAGAGCUGCAUGACCUUUGAUGAGGAUGCUGAGCUGAAGUGGACUGAACGUCGGAUGAAAGCGGUGGGCGAAUGAAGACAAUAGGGACACAAUGAAGGUGGAUGGAUACUGCAGAUUUACCCCAUCCACAACGUGGUUUUGUUCGGUCAGACAAAUAAAGAUAUUAAACGAAAAA